ACUAUAACCCCCGACCCACACACACACACUAUAACCCCCCCGACCCACACACACACACUAUAACCCCCCCGACCCACACACACACACUCCACCUAUCCCGUCCUCCUCCUCUCCAGGCCGUAUAUUUUAAAACUUUACUGUGGAUUCUCCGAGGACCAUCCUGUCAACAAUGACAUCACACACUCACCAAGAAGGACUCCUGGGCAAGGAGCAGCAGCUGGAUGUCCUGAAGACGUCUGCCCUCAACCACAUCCCCACAGUGGACAUUAACUCUGCCCUGCCCCUGCGUCUACCCCCGGCUGCCAUCCCCAUGGACCUACGCAUUGACCAGCACCAUCACCAGCAGCAGCUGUCCAUGUCACCUUCUGCAGCCCAGGCAUCUGCAGCCCAGGCCAGAGAGCAGCAGCUGCAGCAGGAGCUCCUGUCCCUGAAACAGAAACAACAGAUUCAGAGACAGCACCUCAUCGCUGAGUUCCAGAGGCAACAUGAGCAGCUCAACCGCCAGCAUGAAGCCCAGCUGCAGGAACAUGUUAAGCACCAGCAGGAGCUCCUGGCCCUGAAACAUCAGCAGGAGCUGUUGGAGCACCAGAGGAAGAUGGAGAAGCACCGUCUGGAGCAGGAACUGGAGAAACACCAGAGAGAACAGAAACUACUGCUGCUGAAGAACAAAGAGAGAGGACAGGAGAGUGCAGUGGCCAGUACGGAGGUGAAGAUGCGACUGCAGGAGUUUGUACUGAACAAGAAGAAGGCUCUGGCCCAGAGGAGUCUCAACCACGGGGGGUUGUCCAACGACCCCCGCUACUGGUACGGGAAAACUCAGCACACAUCCCUGGACCAGAGCUCUCCUCCUCAGACUGGUAUGGGCACCUACAACCACCCUGUCCUGGGCAUCUACAAUGCUAGAGAUGACUUCCCCCUCCGCAAGACAGCGUCUGAGCCCAACCUGAAGCUACGUUCUCGUCUGAAGCAGAAGGUGAGCGAGCGACGGAGCAGCCCCCUACUGAGGCGUAAAGACAGCCCGAUCACAACCGCCAAGAAACGCUCACUGGAUAUGGCAGAUUCAGCGUGUAACAGCGCUCCUGGAUCCGGCCCCAGCUCUCCUAACAACAACAGCAUCAGCAACAUCCCCAAUGAGAACGGCGUCACUGUCUCCAACAGCAUUGAUGUGUCCCUGGCUCAGCGGUUGUGUGGUGGUGAACUCAGCCAGCUGUCUCUGUACACGUCCCCCUCCCUCCCCAACAUCACCCUAGGUCUGCCCGCCACGGCCACCUCUGCUUCCAAUGUGACCUCUGUCCAGCAGGAUGGGGGUCAACAUUCGGCCCUCUCCCUCAGCCCCCCCUACCUAGGCGGUGCCCCCCUAGCCACCUACCUGGCUGAUGGAGGGGGCGCAGGGGGGCACGGCCCACUACUGCAGCACUUGGUCCUGCUGGAACAGACUGGCGCGCACGGGCCCCUACUGGCAGGUGUGGACGCCCUCCAGUCUCCCUCCAUCCACAUGCUGCGUGGGCAGCACCGUCCCCUGGGUCGGACUCAGUCGGCCCCACUACCCCAGCAGAACGCCCAGGCCCAGGCCCUUCAGCAGCUGGUGGUCCAACAGCAACACCAACAGUUCCUGGAGAAACACAAACAGCAGUUCCAGCAGCUACACAUCAACAAGAUGAUGGGCAAGCCCAGUGAGCCCACGGGGACCCGGCAGCACCAGAGUCACCCGGAGGAGACCGAGGAAGAGCUGAGGGAGCACCAGGCCCUCUCUCCCCAGGACGGAGGCUUUCCGUGUGGGUUCGCCAUCAAACAAGAGCCCCCAGACCCCCAAGAGAACCAGGAGGAGGACAUGCAGCAGGAACUGCUGUUCAGACAGCAGGCCAUGUUGUUGGAGCAGCAGAGAAUCCACCAGCUGAGAAACUAUCAGGCUUCCAUGGAGGCAGCCGGUCUGUCAAUCACCUUCCCAGGUCACCGCCCCCUCUCCAGGGCCCAAUCGUCUCCGGCCUCCGCUUCCUCCUUCCUCAUCUCUGUCCCGCCUCCUGAGCCUCCCACCAAACCUCAGUUCACCACAGGGUUGGUGUAUGACUCUCUGAUGCAAAAACACCAGUGUAUGUGCGGGAACACACACACCCAUCCGGAGCACGCCGGGCGCGUCCAGAGCAUCUGGUCCAGACUGCAGGAGACAGGACUUAGGGGACAGUGUGAGUGUAUCCGUGGUAGGAAGGCCACUCUGGAGGAGCUCCAGACAGUCCACUCUGAAGCCCACGUCCUGCUGUAUGGAACCAACCCCCUCCGACAGAAACUAGACUGUUCAGUCACGCCCAUGUUGGUCAGAUUACCAUGUGGAGGAGUGGGGGUGGACAGUGACACCAUCUGGAACGAGGUCCAUUCCUCUACUGCAGUUCGUCUGGCUGUGGGUUCUGUGGUGGAGCUGGUGUUCAAAGUGGCCACUGGUGAACUGAAGAACGGCUUUGCUGUGGUUCGACCCCCUGGACACCACGCAGAAGAGAGCACUCCCAUGGGCUUCUGCUACUUUAACUCAGUAGCCAUCGCAGCCCGGCUGCUCCAACAGAGACUCAACGUCUGCAAGAUCCUCAUAGUAGACUGGGAUGUUCACCAUGGCAAUGGGACCCAGCAAGCAUUUUACGACGACCCCAACGUGCUGUACCUGUCUCUCCAUCGAUACGACGAUGGAAACUUCUUCCCUGGCAGCGGAGCACCCGACGAGGUGGGCAGUGGUCCAGGAGUAGGUUUUAACGUUAACAUGGCCUUCACUGGGGGGCUGGAGCCACCUAUGGGAGAUGCAGAGUACCUGGCAGCCUUCAGGUCUGUGGUGAUGCCCAUAGCUAAUGAAUUUGCUCCUGACGUGGUGCUGGUGUCCUCAGGCUUCGACGCUGUCGAGGGUCACCCUCCUCCCCUCGGCGGUUACACCCUCACCUCCAAAUGUUUUGGGUACCUGACACGUCAGCUGAUGACCCUGGCGGAGGGUCGCGUGGUGCUGGCAUUGGAGGGAGGUCACGACCUCAUGGCCAUCUGUGACGCCUCCGAGGCCUGCGUCUCCGCUCUGCUGGGCAACCAGCUGGACCCUCUCCCUCAGACGCUUCUGGAGCAGAGACCCAACCAGAAUGCUGUGUGCUCCAUAGAGAAGGUUAUAGAAACACACAGUAAGUACUGGCGCUCCAUGCAGCGUGGCUCCCCCAGGCUGGGCCUGUCUGUGCUGGAGGCUCAGAGAGGAGACUCGGAGGAGGCUGAGACCGUCAGCGCCAUGGCCUCUCUCUCUGUGGCCAACAAACAGAGCAGGUCGGAGGAGGAACCCAUGGAGGAGGAAGCACCAUUAUAGCGGGGGGAAGCAUAAGGGCGUCGUACCGUGACUGUCGGCCUCUGCAGCUCGGAAGACUACCUUCUGGAGAGUCUCGACUGUCCCUUUCAUUUAGUCCCUCUGCGCCGUGCCUAUCACCUUGAUUGGCAGCUCCUCUGCCAAUGAGAGAGAGGGAUGGGCUUCAGAGUAGGGAGUCAAUGGGGAUACGAUAUGAAGGACGGAAGUGACAAAGCGCUGCAGCCAGACAGCUCAGCGUGGUCAGCUCACCGUGACUCUAAAGAGACGUUUGUUUCUGCCAGUCAGACUGAGGCAGCCCCAGAAGACACCCCAGCACCGAGGCAGUGGGUUCUCGGAGUGGAGGCGGAUAAUGGAAGUGUUACUCCUGAAGGGAAAGAUCUGCUGCUUUACAGAGCUCCCCCGUGGCCAAAUAUGGAGACAGAGGACAGGACAAGUCCGGCUGUCACACACAGCGUGGACAUUUAUUUUCUCUCCUGCUUUUGUCCCCCUAAAUGGAGGACAUGCUACUGAUGGAGAUGGUGGUUACUGAUGAGAGAUGGCGGACAACAAAGCCCCUAGGAGAAUUGUCGGGCUGUCAUUGGCUGAGGACAGUAGACUUGACUGUGGUUGGCCGUUGAGCAAGCGUCCUUUGCAGUUAUUGGAUGAUGAGGCUAUUGGAUCUUUGCCUUAUUGAUGCAGCUGGUAGUUCUGUGAUGGUCCACCAAUGAGAGAGUGCCUUUGUGAAGCUCUGAUGGAUUUCAGGAUUGUGUCAGAAAUGAAGAUUGCCUUAAAUGAUGAUCCUGACCAGGGGAGAGCGAGAAAUACAUUUUCCUGUUUGACAGAGGACGGGAUGGUGGAAAAAGGGAUCUUUCAGCAUGUUUACCAGAAUUGUGAUGUAGACAGCGUUUGUCUCUCACAGCCUCUUUUAGAGGUCAUUAUACCUUUGGAUUGAUAUAUUUUUCUGUAAAAAUGCUUCAAAAAGGUAGUUGCAAGCAAACAUUUGAAACGUUCAACUUCCAGUUGAUUCGUAAAGCACUGUUGAAGGUUAGCAUUUAGCCUUAUGUAGCUUCCCUUUAUCACAUAACCAAUCGCUAACGGAGAAAAAGCAUGUCUCACCAGAAAGACCUGUCGGUUGCAAGGUUGGAAAGUUAUUCAAAAAGAACUAGUCGAGCAAAAAAAAAGCCAAAGCAUGAGUUUGCAUCCAGCUCUUUCGUACCACUAGUAACAGCAGGCAUACACAGUACUACUACUGGCUUUUCAUACCAAGCACACUGUUCGAGAGCUAACGGAUCAAACAUGUAUGUCUCAACCUUUUUGUUAAAUAAUUAUUGAAUUCCAAUGUAUUGUUUGGCAACUACCUUAGUUAAUAGUUACUAUAAACAUCUUGUCAUGUAUAUUGAAUUGAACAUAUUGUGAAGCCAAGUGUUAAUUUGCCAUCUUUGAAACUAUCAUUUCCACAUCAAGCUAGUCAAUUGACUAAACCAUCAUCAACUUUUUCUUAAUCAACGAUCUCAAGUGUGUGACAAUUCUAUUUUUGGCAUGUAUGAAAAUCUCAAAUUUUGAACAUACUUUUUAUAUUUGCGUAUUUGUCCUUUUGUGUUGUUACUCUGUACAGUUGAUGUGCCACUUGCUCUUAUUGUCCUCAUCAUGCAUUGGGAUGGAGAUCAGCCUUUCUACCCUAUACCAUGAUUCCAGCAAUUGUCUAUUUACUUACAGAAUGAUCCAGUUUACAGAGAGGUUCUACAUGGAAAACCUAGAAAUAUAUUAUAUCCGUAGCCUACAUGAGAGCUAUGACGUUGUGAAAGAGAAUAGCUAUGGCAAAGAUGGUCUCACUCCAGUAAAUAACUCUAAAAACCUUAUGUGGGGGGUUGAGGUUGACUGCACUGUUUUAAACUGGCCCUGGUAGGAGCAGCCCUGCACUCAGCAGCACUGUAUGUGGUCUCUGUUCCACACAUUUGUUUUUGUACUGUAUUGUUCCGGGCUGCACUGUAGCUAGACUAGACUAGCAUGGGGCAUUUUAAAGACACUUCACUUUCGCGUUUGACUUCAUUGGGACCAACCAAAAUGACAUACCGAGGUUACUUUGGACACCAUAACGCACUGUUGUUGAUUUGAUAGCAUGGUUACUGCUGUGCUGACAUGGUUACUGCUAUGCUGACAUGGUUACUGUACAUUAGCAUACCUCGACUUCAGAAAAUGUUGUGACAUCACUUCUUCCUGUCGUAGCUACAUUAGUUGAGUUGUCAAGAAAACAGAGUCAUGAUAUUAGUGGGUUGGCAUGGUCUCAUUAUAGUUCAAACUAUUCUCAUCCCUAGUAAAUAACUCCUUUUAGUUUUCAAUAAUGUUCUUACACUAAUUUUGGUAGUAUCAUGUUUUAGUAAACAUUGUAUGUUUUGCUUUGUGUUUGCUCUCAGAUUCACCAUUCCUAUGAAUAGUUUCAGAGCCCCAGGGUUUGGUGUGUUCCUUUAAAAAACAUUUCUUUCAUGGCCUCUAAUUCUCUGCAUGGUUUGUCUGUCCGCAUGCCUGUCUGGCUGUACGUCUGUGUAACACUGGAUUUGCACAGUAGAAGAAAACUGGAGGACUAAAUCCUAUCCCAGAAAACCCAGUGUGAAUGUCUCUUCUUCUUUGGUGUUCUAAGGAUACAAAGGACUUAACUUGUCAAAAUGAAUUCCACAUUAGAUUUUUUUAAAUGUAAAUGCUCAGUUUUUGUGGGAAAUUACCCAGCACUUAAACAAGAUAAUGGACAAUAGACUUGACUGUGUUUAGAGUAAGAGGAAUAUGGAUUAGCUAGGCUAAUCUUCGAGUGUAUUUAUGCUGGCUUCACAUGCUCAUGGGGAAGUGGAACAAUUAAGUCCGACAUGAUUGUGUUUAAGUGCUUUUGAAGUCGGAAAAAUUCUUCAACCAAUAGGAUUUUAGCUAGCUUAUCAAGGUUGCUAAUAAUAAAGUUAGCUAGCUUGCUUAACAUUGACAAUAUGGUCAAACUAGCUACCUUCUCCAUAUUGAUGUGGUCGUAGUUGUCAAACUGAUUUGUUAUUUUUUUGGUUGAAAAGUUCAAAGGUCAGUGGUGAAACAUCACAACUCGCCAACUCGGGCAACAACAUCUUCUGUUUCCCACUUGAAAUUCUGAUUUGGAGGUUCGCUCAAGUGAAACUUCUCAAUUGGAAAUAGGAACUUCCGAUACGACAUGAACGUGGCAUUACAUCCAUCUAGACUGCUUGUCUCUCCCCUAAGAGUGUUUCUAGGGUGUUGGGGACAGACACAAAAAGUAGACAAUGGCUAAAACAUCCUUUAAAACACUCCAUAUGUGGUUGAUUGGGAAGGGAAUUUCCUGCAGACUCUUAUCCACUUAAGCCAGUUGUAUUUAAAACCACUGUGGUUAAAAAGAGCUGUUCUCGGUUUACAUAUGUAAAUGUUAGUUAUUUUUGUUUUCUUUCCAUUCCAUUGUUACAAAUGAUAUCUUGUUGGGACCGAUAUGCUUUUGACAUUUUGUCUCAGACAUAAACUCUAAAAUAUAUUUCAGAAAAAUGAA